UUUAGAGCACAGCCCGUCUGCUGGAGGGACACUGAGGAAAAGUUGGGCAAGAUGGCAAAUCCCGCAGACCUGGAGUGACGGGGCGGCGCUCCCCGCACCCCCAAAAAGGGAAAGAUAAAAAAAACAAGUCCGUCCUGACAGAACCCGACGAUGCAGCCCGACCCAGCAGGCGUACCGGGACUCCCUGAAGAAACGUGCCAUUGAGGCUGGAGGUGAUGUGACCCAGCCUAAACUGGACCUGCGCUGACUCAUCAAACCCCCCAGGGGCCCAAUGCCAAGCUAGAGGAGCCCCUCGCCCCCCUUCAGCACCACCAGAGAGUCGGCCAAGAGGAGGCGGUGGGCGGGAUCCGACAGGAGCUUCCCCUGGUUCUGGUUAAGAAUGGCCCAGUCAGGGACAGCCCCACGCUGCUUCAGCUGAUCUGACCCCCCCCCAAGCUCACUGAAGUCCGAAUCCGGGGGCUUCCUGGGGGAGUGGCCUCCCCACGUCUCACCGGGUGCCCGCCUGGCAGACCAUGAUGUUUCGUGAUCAGGUGGGGGUGCUGGCCAGCUGGUUCAAGGGCUGGAACGAGUGCGAGCAGACCGUGGCCCUGCUGUCCCUGCUGAAGAGGGUGAGCCGGACCCAGGCCCGCUUCCUGCAGCUCUGCCUGGAGCACUCCCUGGCCGAGUGCACCGAGCUGCAGGUCCUGGAGGGCGAGGCCAACGACCCAGCUACAAUCAGUCAGUGGCAGGGAGAGCCCAAGGAGCGAGUCAUCUCUCUGGUUCUGGCACAUCUUCCUCUCCUGAAACCCGGAAACACCGAAGCCAAAGGAGAAUACAUGCGUCUGCUGCCGCGCAUCUUGGCUCACACCAUCGAGCACGGCCAUCACCUGGAGGAGUCUCGUCAGCUGCUGUCCUACGCUCUCAUCCACCCCGCCACCUCCCUAGAAGACCGGGCCGCUCUGGCGCUGUGGCUCAACCAUCUGGAGGAGAGGGCUGCUGCCAGAGGAGACUCGCUGGAAAGACCGCCUCCUGCUGGACCGCACCACCACCACCACCACCACCACCAGUCUACACCUCCUUCCACGCUCCCAUCGUCCUCCUCCUCCACGAACAACUCCUCAUCCGGCCAUCCUUUCUGCUCGCACCCCCACCAGCGCUACGGUUCAGACGAUCGCCUCAAUGGGUGGCAGAGCUCCCGGGAGUCGGGCGUGGUUGGAGGGUGGCAGCAGCAGGGCUGUGAAAACGGGCACCUCCUUCUCUACCCAUCAUCCUCUGUGCCGGCCACCAUCAACACAGUUGGAACCGGCGGAGGAAGCAACACUCUCUCCACCAGUGGUGGCGGCAGUCAGCAGCACAGUCCGCUGAAGCGCUCGGUGUCCCUAACGCCUCCCAUGAGUGGCCCCAACGGCCAGCUGCUGGGCCACGUUUGGUUGUCCCAGGAAGACCUCCGCACCGCCAGAGGACCAGCUCCAGAUCACGCACCGCUCUCCCCGCAGAGCAGCAUCGCCUCCUCAGGCAGCGGAGGCAGCGAACAUCUGGAAGAUGCCGGGUUGGGAGGUGGUUCGGUUCUGCACCGUAACUCCUUUCACGAGGAGGGCAGUGGCAUGAGGGACGUUCCUGCGUGGCUGAAGAGUCUUCGUCUCCAUAAGUACGCUGCUCUCUUCUCCACCAUGACCUACGAUGAGAUGAUGUCUUUGACAGAGGAUCAGCUGGAGGCGCAGAAAGUCACCAAAGGAGCACGACACAAGAUUGUCAUCAGCAUUCAGAAACUUCGGGACAGGCAGAACUUUCUGCGCAGUCUGGAAAAGGACGUCUUGGAGGGCAGCAACCUACGGACCCCCCUGCAGGAGCUGCACCAGAUGAUCAUGACACCUAUUAAAGCUUUCAGUGGGGGGGGGGGAUCCUCCCUGCAGCGCCCCCUGCUGAGCUCAGAGAGCAAGAGUGCUGCGCCCGGCUCCCACCUCAGCGGGGGAGGCGGAGGGGAGGCGGAGUCUGGCACCAGCGUCAUAGCUAAGGGAGAUCUCCCGGGACAGUUCACCCGGGUCAUGGGCAAAGUCUGCACCCAACUGCUGGUGUCGCAUUCAGACGAGGAGAACAUCAGCUCUUACCUGCAGCUCAUCGACAAGUGCCUCAUACACGAGUCCUUCACAGAGACGCAGAAGAAACGGCUGUUGUCAUGGAAACAGCAGGUCCAGAGGCUGUUCCGGUCCAUUCCGAGGAAGGCCCUCCUUGACAUGGCGGGGUAUCGAGCGCAGAGAAGCCGGUUCGGACAGUCCAACUCUCUCCCCACCACUGGCUGUGUGGUGAGCAGCGUCUCUGCCAGAAGGAGCCUCCACCAGUUCCAGAUGCCCUCCAGAAGCCUGCCAGGAGCCAGGCUGGGUCUGCUGGGAAGUGGGGGUCUGCUGGGACCCACGCCUCGUAGCUCCAGCAGCACGCCCACCGGUCUGAAGCAGGGCCGACACGGCCCGUGGUUUGCCAACCCAGGAGGCAGCAACAGCAUGCCCAGCAGGACCCACAGCUCCGUGCAGAGGACGCGCUCGCUGCCGGUCCACACCACGCCCCAGGCCGCGGUCAUGUUCCAGCAGAGCGAUCUCCAGUUCCCGACGACGGAGCCGGACAUCAACAACCGUCUGGAGUCUCUGUGUCUGAGCAUGACGGAGCACGCCUUAGGAGACGGCGCCGACCGCACGUCCACCAUAUGAAGCUGAGUGAGAGCAGCGGCUGGCCGCAGGGUCGGGGUUCCAGCUGAAGGCCACCCGCCGUCCCGUCCGCUCCCCCCGCAGGGGUUGGCCAAAGGAGCACCUUCCAGCUCCCUGAUGGCGGGGAACGCCCCCCCAAAUACCACGUCAGCCAGAUUCCGUCGGGUCAGUCGUCUGCGAGGACGGCUCGGGACUCAGGGGGGGUCAUGGAGCGCAGCCUCCCCCACAUCAGCAAAAGGACAUUUCCUGGAGUUCAGGGGGGAACUGUCGUCCAAAUCAGAUGUCGGCCGUGUUUGGGGGGGCGUCUGGGUGAAUCAUGGGACAGAAACGGCAUUUGCUUGUAUUUUCUAUUUGGGUUGUUUACUAAAGGAGGGUACAGACGCAGUAAUCCAAAGCCUCGCCAUCGUAGCCUUUGACGGCUUCACGGCCUCAGAGUUGACUCUAGUUUGUAAUAACCUUUUUGUGAAGAUGGAUGCAGAGUGAGACGCGUGGGAGGCGGAGUCAGAAAGCAGCAGAGGAAGGCUGGAAGUGAUGAUGAGAAGGGAAGCGGAUGUUUGAUCAGAGGCAGGACCUCUGAAGAGCACAGGAAGAGGACGUCAUGUCUGAAGGUGGACGCUCACGGGCAAGCGCAGAGGAAGUGAAUGCAUCCCAACAAAGUCUUUAUCCACGUGUGGCCCCAUGCGGGGGCGGGGUCAUGUCUGCACGUUCAGAUGCUGGUCAGGUCUGAAAUCCUUCACCUCUGAAGGCAGGAAAAAGGUGGGAGGAAACGGCUCUUUCUCUCAGUCGGUGUUUGGUGCCCCCUACAGGCCAGACGUAGCCAUUACAGGCAGCGUGUGACACUAAACAGCAGAGAGGUUUGGGGGACCGAUCCUCCAAUGAACCUGAAGACGUCUGUCCUCGGUCUGACGGUUGAUGGUUUUUAUAUUCUUAAUUGGAUCGCUGUGCUGUCUGGAUGCAGACAGAGAAAAAGGAAAGGUCUCUGUUAAAGCAGGUCAGGUACCUGUGUGCUGCGUUCAUCCCAGUUCCUCCUUUAGUUUCUUCAUUGGAUUCUGCAUUUGUUAAAUGUGAGACUUCUUGAAACCGGAAACUGUCGAGGCUUCGAACCGUGACCAUUUCCUCUACGGAGCUAAAGACCAGCCGCCAGCGACCACGAGAGGCGCACGUCUGAGCACACGACCUGGAGGCAGCAGGAAGCACGGAUCCCACGGAGCUACUGUUAUUCACAGCAGACCAAAGACAACGCAAAUGAUGAGAAAUGCUUCUGCAGAGUUUAGAGCAAACAGCUGAGAAACAGAAGACCAGGUAACCAUGACUGGAUGGUAACCAUGGCAACCCAUCCCUCUGUGGUGAGGCCUGCAGCGGCACUGAGUGGAUUCACUUCAGUGUUCUGUUGUAAGAACUCUCACUUUAGUUUUUAGUUUCUGAGAACAUGCUGAGGCCUUUUCAGAACCGUCCAAACGGUGGCAUUAGAGGGCGGGGCUUCAGCUUUGAUGUGAGCGGUUUGGACCUCUGCUGGGUUGAUGUGGAGAGCAGACGUUGCUGAUCAUAUUUAAAGUACCAUUUGUAUUAACAUGUUAUGGCUGGUGACCAUAAACGCAUCUCAGAUAUGUUAACAUAGUUAUUGUUGAUGCUUUUCUUUUACCAGUGAACUUUAUUUUGAAAGGGUUUCUGCUGUGGCCGUCCAGACCUCUGAGGAGUGAAGGUGGUUCUGGGAGGUUAUAGAAUGCAGGAACCUGUUUCCUUUUUAUUACAAAAAGUGUUUUUGCUUUCUAAAUGCUCCAAGUACACCAACCCGGGAGCCCGGGGGUCCGAACGCUUUGAGGCUCACUAGUAAUCCUCUGGAGAGCAGAUACUAGUUAGUGAGGUUAACCGGUUCAUGACAUCACUGAUGCUGAUAAACGAGGGAGACGUCCCGCAGAGCCAGGAUGUCUGUCCAACAACAGGGCCCCUGCUGACCGGCACGCCGUAAACCUGAUCCGUUCAGGGGAUCCUGGAAGAUCCUGGAAGACCGGAUCAGUUGAUCCUGGAAGACCGGAUCAGGCAGCUGGCAGAUUAGAGGGAACCAGUGGGACGUUUCUUCUCAGAUCGGUUUCCUCCUGUCCAUCUACAGAUGUGUUGUUUUUCUAAGGGGGGUGUGGAUGUGAUGCAGUGUGAGUGGAACACUAAAGCUUCCUUCAGCAGCACCGACCCGUCUGGCCGACCCGCGAGGUCCAAUUAGCUGACAGAACCGGAUCACUGGAGAUGUCCGGGGACUGGCUGAGUCUUGUUCAUCAGGUCUUGGUGCCCGGGCUCGGUGGUCUCCCGCUGCACCAAAGCAUGAAUCCUCCUCUGAGUUGGGCUGAAGCGGAGUCGCCUGGGCCGGGCUUUUCCCCGGAUUGUGUUGUUUUCUCUGAGUGCAUAUUGGACUUCAGGUUUGUUUUUUGGCUGCAGCUGCUCUGCCACAGAGUCUGUUCAUUUGAUCCUGUAUUGACUGCAGGCUAACAUGGAUCUGACAAAUGAAUAUUCUAUGUUUAGUAACUAAACAAUGAUUUAAAAAAAUAAAGAAAAUGUGAAAAAUAGAGGGAAAUGUUUUUCUGUUGUGUUUUUUAGCUCCGGAUCUGAAUCCCUGUUGAUGUUUUGUCAUCACGUCAGACGUCAGUUGUGCGUUUUCAGAUUGUUCACACAAAGAUUGGCUGUUGUUUCUGGAAAGCUGCUGAGUUUUCACUGAAAUAAAAACCUUCUGCAUCUCCUG